AGAAAAUGUUCAGAGCAUGUUUCAGUAGAUCAAAGAACAUAAGAGAGUCUGUUAAAAUUGUAAGGGCAUACGGAGUAUCUAAUUGAGCUCAGAGAAAUUUCAUGAAAAUUCAUCGCAGCAACCAACUCUUCACAAACUCUAAAGGAUUUGGUACCGCAUAUACACAGAGCCAGCUGAAUCUAUUCAAAGUUUCUGUAAGAGGAGUGAGAACUAAUCAGCAAGAGAGAGCCAAUCAGGAUUCAACAGAUGAUAAAGAAUCAGAUUCUGUAGCUGAAAUUGCUAAUGAGACAAAGCCAUCAAGAGGCAAAAGAUUCAAAAUGUGGUCAAAGAAACUUCGUAUUAACACCCUUGAGUUUAUUAAGGAUUGUCUGAGAUUUGAUAAGGAGAAGGUCACCGCAAAAUGAUCAAAUUUUGGUAGAAGAAAUUAUGUUAGAGUUAGGAGAACGUCAGCUCACUUAUGGGAUGAAGCUAAGAAAAUUGGAUAUGGAUUUGUUAAUUUGAAAGAUGACAUUAAAACAUCAGUCCUUGAUGUAAAGCAGACUCACUACUCAAGAUAUCAGAAGCCUUCAUACACAUAUUCCAAUAAAAUUCAAAGAGUCACUAAAGAUGUCAUCAAAUUCAUCCCAUUCUCAAUAUUUAUUUUGAUUCCUGGACUUGAACUUUUGUUGCCUGCUUGGCUAAUCAUCUUCCCAAAUGCCACUCCUUCUCAAUUCCAGUCUAAAGCUACAGGACAGAAGAAGAUGGAAACUCUUAUUAAAAACAGAGAUCAAGGAGCCAAAAGGUUGCUGUACAAGCUCCCAAAGUUCUUACACUUGUUAUUAGAGAAUCCACAUCUAACAAAGGAAGAAAGAGAGGAAGUAAAUGAGUUGGUCAAAUUAGUUGAAUCUGAUAAAGUUAUGUACACUGAGCUACUUCAUUAUAAGCACUUGUUCUACAAAUAUUGUGAUUUCAAGCACUUUAAGACAACAACAUUGAUAGAUAUGGCUCAUUUCAUGGGGCUGAAUCCCGUCACUGGUCUUAAUACAAUCAAUAAUUUGCUAUCCCUCUUCAGAGUUUCGAUUCAAAUUGAUAAUAAAUUCGUAUCUUGGUUCACAAAGAUCAUCUUGAGGAGAGAACUUAGACUUUUCUUCAACAAAAUCAGAAGAGAAGACUCCUACUUGUUCUGGGAACAAGUUGAGAGCUUGGAUGAAAAGGCAUUUGACAGUAUCCUUAUUGAGAGAGGAAUAGACUUUCAUAACCAAGACUAUGAUUCUAAACUCAAGGAUUACAAAAUGUGGCAGUCUAUUAGUAAUUUGGCUAAUAUUCCAGAUACACUUCUGUUGUUCUGUAGAUUGCUCGAAUUUGCAGAAGAUUUAAAGAGAUACAAUUAUUCAGAAAAGGAAGAGGAUAUGAUCAAAAGAAUCAAAUCCAAUACAGAGUACUUUGAGAGAAAGAAAAAGUUAGAAGAAUAUCUUGGAUUAUCAAAACUAAAAGCUGAAAAGAGAAAAUUCAUUUUGGCAGAAUUGGAUGUGAUUCUGAAGAAUAAAGACACUAAAGAGAAAGAUACGAAUGAAGAACUUCAAUCUGAAAAGAAGCCCUUAACUAUUAAAGAUUACAGAGAAUUUCAGACCUCAUUGGCAGAUUUUAAAAUCAGGCACAAGUCCAUUGUUCACCCUGUCAAUAAAAUUUAUGAAGAAUUUGAUGAAUUGUUGGAUGAGCUUCACCAAAACAUAGUCAUCGGCUACUUCGAAAGAAAAGAAGAUAAAAUCAUGAAGAUUAGAGAGCAUAAGUAUUUCAUGCCGAUGGAGUUUUUGAAUUCAGAAGAGUUGAAAUAUGACCUGAAGAGACAUAAGAAGGAUAAGGAGUUUUUAGGAUAAGUUC